AUGUCCCGGUUUUCUCAAGGAAGCAAUCGCAGCAAAUCGUCGUUCAUCCGUGACGAAUGUAGAUGUGGGUUGGAUGCACCACUGAUGACGGCAUGGAUCGAUGCUAAUCCAGGACGCCGUUUCUAUGGGUGUGGAAUGUACAAGAUCCAGGGACACAAAAUGUGCAAUCAUUUUGUUUGGUACGAUGAAGAGUUGACUCCAAGAGCAAAAGAGUUGAUUUCUUCACUGAAUGAAAGCUUAAUUAUAGAGAAGAAUAAAGUUAAUGAAUGCAAGUUGAAAGAGGAACAAUUGACAAUGAAGAUGAAUUUUGUGAAAAUGCAGUUGAAGUUUACAAUUGGGAUGGGCAUUGUGUUGUUAAUGGGACUAGUUGCAACAAGUGUAAUGAAGUAG